CGUCGAAUGAACAUUUAUUGUGGUUUUAAUUUUCCUGUACGCGAUUAGAGAAGUAGUUUCGAGGAGUUUGAAAUGCGAUUCAAACCCGAAAUGUGAACUAGAGUUAUGCCAGUGAAAGUGAAUCUUCAUAUAUGUUUUUCAGACAUGUUGUUGGAAAAGUUCAGCUCCACCCAUAUCUGCACAUCGUCACUUGGAGCCUACCAAAAAGAUACGUGGGGCUUCUUAAAAUAUUCAAUUUGCCGUUAGAGGAAUACCCGCAUCAGCUUAUCACCCAAUACUCAGAAACAUUAAACAGUUAUGAACUUCAAGUCACAAAAAAGUCAAUAUCACCCCUCCAAUCCAAGAUUUCAACAGAAGAUCUUGGGAAACCGAGAGAAAAUCCGACAGAAAAUGUAGAAUCAGAGCCAGCAACUUCCAGUGACUCCAAGCCAACUCGAAAAAAGCGCAAAAUUUCAAAGAAUAAACCUGUUAUUUCUAUAAGAGUAAAGCUUGACGAUGAAUUGAAGAAUUUGAAACGCACCAAUGGCAAAAAUUUCGAGAGGAUACUGUCGAAAUGUAGCAGAAGAUCCUGUUUACUUGUUCUUGAAAAAUCUAAGUCAUCCAAACGUGAAGAGUACUCUCUUAAGUUUGUCAACAACACGAAUUUAAGCAAAACUUAUAGUAAAUUGUUGAGGAAGAAUCGUAGAAAACGGGAUUCAUUCGUAACUGCCACAAAUACGAAACCCAACAAGUCAUUAUCGUCAGAGUUUUCUGAAGAAAAUAUUCAUCCAAUUUGGAAGAUGAAUGAGACAUUUUUUUCUGAACAUCCACAGAGGCCACUUAUGAAUAAAUUAUCUCAAUAUCAAGAAUUUAACACCAAAACAAUGCAGUUCUCAAGGGGAAGAGAGGAUAAAAAAGAGAAAUUUGAAUCUGAAGAAAGCAAAACUAAUCAAAUCAAAGAAGACAAAAUUACAGAGAAGGAAUCAAAGACAGGCCAUAUAAAUAGAAACACCGCAUUGGCAAUACCCUCCCAUCUUGUACCAUACGAAAAACCAAUUCAAGAAGAACCUCUUAGACAUUGGCCAGUUAUCACGCAGUUAUUCGAUGGAAAGCACAUAGAGAUAUACAAAAAUUAUCUGAAAUCGCUGAAUACACCGGAUGAAGAAAAAGAAGAAACCCAAGAAAACGACCAAGAACCCGAUAACAUUGUUGCCAUUGAUAUAAGUCAAGCAAAGUCUUUUCAUGAAAAUCUUACAUCAUCUUCGAUAUAUAGAAGUGGCAAAACAACAAAAAUUGGAUCACUUGAAACAAAAACAGCGAAUGUAGAACAACCUCAGGAAGAAUCAGAGAGCUACAAAUCUUCCAAUGUAUCCACUACAGAUUUGCCAACAAAAAAAAACAAUUUCGUCAAACCAAGUGGGAAUAAGAAAUCAAAUGUCAUUUUUUUAAAUGAGACAUCUCAAACACCCACCAACUAUUCUGUUAUAAAUGAGAAGUGCACAGAUACAAACGAUGGUGUCCAGAAAUUGUAUACAUCAACUGCGUAUUUAGUAAUUGGAGAAACAUAUGAAAAAUCGAAGAAUAGAACUACCCCCAAUGAUGAAAGAAAUACAAUAAAUACAUCUCGUUCUGAAUCGUUGAUUAACACAAGACUUUUAUCUUCUUCGAUGAAAUCCUAUAAAUCCAUAACAGAAAAUGAAGAUACAAAACAAAUUUUGAACAUCGAAAAGGAAAGAGAUGAAGAAUUGUGCAAAAAGCAAGACGAAAAGACUAGGAAUUCCGAAAAAAAGUUGAGAGGGCUGAGAAAAUUAUAUUUUUUCAAUAUUGUUCUGGCUGUUUUUGUGGCAGUUGUAUUAGGAAUAAUUUUGUUCAUUAGUUUUGCCGAUAAUUCAACUGUUAAUGGAUUUGUGGAAAAGUAUAUUAAAAGUUAG